CACCAGAGACUGCCUGAUCCCCGUGCGGAUUACCUCAGAGAACGUGGUUAAGCGGUUUGGUGUUUCAAGGGAGAAGCAAGAUACCUUUGUGCUGGCCUCAUGGCAGAACGCAGCAAGAGUCCAGAGAAAAGGUUGUUUCCACGCUGAGAUUGUGCCUGUGACCACCACCAUCCACGAUGACAAGGGCAUCAAGAAGAGCAUCACUGUGUCCCAGGUUGAGGGAAUCUGCCCCAACACCACCAUGGAGGGCCUGGCCAAACUGAAGCCUGCUUUCAAGGAUUGCGGCUCCACCACGGCUUCAAACACUAGCAGUGGGGCAGCUGCUGUUCUGCUGGCCUGGAGGUCCAAGGCAGAAGAGUUGGGCCUCCCCAUCCUUGGGGUCCUGAGGUCCUGUGCAGUGGUUGGGGUCUCACCUGAUGUCAUGGGCAUUGGACCUGCAUAUGCCAUCCCUGCAGCCUUGGAGAAAGCAGGGCUGACAGUAAAUGACAUGGACAUCUUUGAGAUCAAUGAGGCCAUUGUAAGCCAGGGAGCUGUCUACUGUGUGGAGAAGCUAGGAAUCCCCCCUGAGAAGAUGAACCCUCUGGGAGGAGCGGUGGCCCUGGGCCUCACUGGGGCACAACAGGUCAUCAUGCUCAACGAGCUGAAGCACUGUGGAAAGAGGGCAUAUGGAGUGGUGUCCAUGUGCGUUGGCACUGGGAUGGGAGCUGCUGCUGUCUUUGAAUACCCUGGUAACUGA